CAUUUUCUUGUCUCAGACUUGUUUGUUCAACAUGAGUGCUCUACCACAAGUCGAAAGUCUUGCACAGGCCGAGGAGAAAGACGACGUUUCCCUUGUGUGCCGUUGCAUUGCCGAUCUCGACAAAGCCAGCAGUGUCCUCGGUUCUCUUUUCUCAGAGGUAGAACAAGUCGUCAGUCCGGAUCUCACUUUGACUUUGGAAUCAUUGUUGCGUCAGCUAGGACAAAAGUUAGCAAAUAUGACGUCAUCUUGCCAAAUGCGCUUCGGCGAAGUGAAAGGCGAUCUGUCCAGUUGGAGAGACGUGAGGGACACUUUUCUGCAUCAGUCACGUCAGUACUGGAAUGUAGGAGUCGGAAAACUGACAGAAGAAGCGCACACACAGCUGUCUGGAGAAAAAGUCGAACGUCAACUUGUCGUUCUUUUGUUGCAUCAUUGUGUUACUCGUCUGGAAGCGGUAAAAAAAACAACACAGAGAUGGAAAGAAACAAGAGCGUUUCAACGUUUAGAUUCAAACAUGAGAGAAAUACUAAAGGAGAUCGAAGAAGCCAAUGCCACCACACCUUGGUAUUACUUUUCUUUCUCUAAUUGGCUUAAAUUUGUUGCCAACACAAUUUCUAAAGUGUUACCAACGACCGAGGCUAGUGCAGAAAGUGAGGUGCAAGAACAUUCCGAUCUAAGAGAAUCUAUCGCCCAAGUGAAACAGAAUGCUCAACAUUUGAUCGACAUCUUUAACUUAAUUGAUAAAUUGGUACUGGCUCUUAGCAGCGCAACCUCGGAUGUCAUUGGCUGUUGGAAUGUUAUUCAGUCAAGAAAUGAAAGUCAAACAAAGACAGAAAAGUUUGAAGACAAAGCACUGGUUGCAACAUUGAAGUCAUAUCUUGAUAAACUGGCAUCGUGCAGCCUGUCAAGCAUUGAACAAUAAUCAGUGACUGAUGACACUGUUCUACUAAUAGACUGAGUAGCUUGUCUGCUGACAUUGUUGUAGCACACUUUAUGCAAAAUGCCAGCAUUUGUGUUUUUGCAUCUAUAAUUUGAGUUGCU